CCAACAUAUUUACAGCUGUCAAAAAAAAUAUUCCUGGUAUUUCAAAAUAAAACUCGGCCGUAAUAUUUGCAAAUAAUUUUUCACAUCGAAAACGAGAUGGAUAAACAAGAUAUUAAAAAGUUGACCAAGAAAAAACUAAUCUUUGAGGUCAUUAAAGAGCGAAAACGGAAUAAGGAAAAGGACCAAAUCAUCCAUGAUAGACUCGAGUCCAAAAAGCGUUUGCACGAUCUGCGACUGCAGCUGGACAAGGAGAAGAACAUAACGAAGGAGUUGCGACUGAAGCUAUCGCAGCAGGAAGCGAUUGCAAAUCAAGCGCAGAACAUGUCUGCGAAACUACAGAAGAUCGCCAACGAGAACAAGUGCUACAUCUGCAAAUUGAAGUAUGAGGUUACCGGAGGACAUCGCGCAGUUUCCAUUAAAUGCGGUCACCUUUUCGGAGAGAAGUGCAUCCUAGAUCACUUGAAGCGUAGCAAGGCAUGCCCCAUCUGCAAAUCACUGACUAGCUAUAAGGAUGUUCGCUUUAUUAUAGCAGGCCAAAACUUGUGCACGGCUGAAUUAUUAAUAUAAACAUUAUAUUUGCUGGGAAGUUGGACAAAAUAAAAACCGAAGCAAAAGAAAAAAGAGAAAUUAAUAUGUUAGUAGAUGUUUAUGGCACACAAACACAAACCUUUGGAUAAUUAAACCAUCACAAUCAUUUUCUCAAUUUUCAUUUAAUUUCCCUAAUUCAAUAAAUAGAUCAUUUGAACAUUU